AUGGAUUCUCCUCACGAUCUGGUGCUCGGCGGCUUCACGGCGAACGCCGCAAUGGAAAUAGAAGAACCAGACGCUAUGGAAGCUGGUGAAAACGAUGAUCCAUUUAUUAAAUUCAUAGACCACGCCAAAUCGAUUCUGUGCGACAAUGAGGGUGGGUCAGAAGAAGAAACAACGCAUUCUCCGGGUUGGAGCUGGAUCGCGAAUCGGAUUCUCAGAACUUGCGUUGCUUAUUCGAGCGGCGUGACGCCUGCUAUUCUCCUUUCCGAGCUUUCUCUGGCUUGGCAUGAGCAAAAUAGAAGUGGAGCUCCAAAAACACAAUCUGAUAUUGUUGCCCAGUUAAAGAAGAAACACAAGAGAGUGAAGCUCCCAAACACCAUCACCAUCGACUCGAUAUAUGAAAAGAAGUUCUUAUCAUUAAGCAGUGUUAUUGAAGCAGUUGUGAUUGAUGCUUUUACUCUUCCAGGAACAAACAUCUCCAUGCUCACUCUGGGGGAUAUUUGGAGUUCCAAUACAAUAGAUCUCUAUCUUCACAGGAGGUUUUACGACAUUGCUGAUCCCAAAAAUGGGAUUCUGAAGAAAGGCCGUGAAGUCCUUUUAACUGGGUGUUAUCUUCGGGUUGCCACAGGGAACUCAACAUAUGCUCGUCUUUUACCAACAGAAUAUUUUGUUGUAUUGUUGGAUGAGGAUGAGGAUGAUGAUGCCAUGCUUCUUGGAGCACAGUUUUGCUCUGAUUCUUUUUCUUCAAUUUCACCUGAUGCAGUAAAGCAAGGAACAUCUUACUCAUUGUACGCAAGGAUUGAAGACAUAGGACAACUGGAAAUUCAGGGUAGAUAUGGCAAUAUACAGAGAAAACAAGUUACUCUUGUUGAUAACGAUGGUACGAGAUUAAAAUUUUUACUCUGGGGCGAGCAGACCCUUGUUGCCAACCUUUUCAGCGUGGGGAGUAUGCUUGCCCUUGAUAGGCCAUUUAUUGCAAGUGCUGAGGAUAGUUCUCUUGAAACAUGUGAUGAAGUUUGCCUGGAAUAUGGUAGUGCAACCCUGUUAUACUUGGUCCCUCUCAUUCCUCUGAAAGAACAAGUAUCCAUAGCAUUGACACAGCACCUCCAUCAAAGCUCAAGACAUUUGACUGCUGCGAGUCUAAGUCAAGGUCAAUUAGUUUCUCAAGUGACAUUACCUUGUGAUUCCCAAGGGUCCAUUGACUUUAGCAAUUGCCCUUUUCGAUCAUAUGUUGUUGAUCUACGUGACAAGAUGACGGGCAUUAGCCUCUAUGGUAAUGUUACAGGCAUAAGAGCAGCAGAAGGCUCGUAUUCUUUGAGGAUUGAUGAUACAACUGGGGCAAUAUGGGUGAAGCUUCAUUUUGUCGGAUAUUGGUCACUGGGGAGACUAGGGAUUGGCCAUACUGUCUAUCUGUCUGGUUUGAGUUCUUUGCUGGCUCCAAGAAAAAGCCUUGAAUUAUCAUGGUAUGAGAAUGGCACUGGAUCGUCGUUCUUCAAUUUGAGUAGCCUGCCGGCUUUCCUCAACACCUCAUGUCUUCACAGAUUAUUAACCCUUUCUGAUCUAUCUUCACAUGUGAAAGGUGCACAGGUAUGCCGAGUAUGGGUAGAUCAAAUCGACCACUGUCAUGUGGAUACAAAAUAUCUGCAUUCGGUUUGUGGCCAUCUUAUUGAGGAGUUGCCAAAUGGUGAUUUUAAUUGCAAAUUCUGCAAUCGCAUUUGCAUGGGCGAAGUAGAGCGUACAUUCCUUUUGAAAAUUACUAUUGCGGAUGAAAGAGCAAAAGUUUUUGCGUGGUGUGUGGGUCACGCGGCUGCCGAGUUGCUACAAAUCACCCCAGAUGAGUUUUGUCAGCUACCCGAGGAAGAACAAAUCAUGUACCCAUCCUCGUUUGAGCACGAACAAUUUAUUGUGGCAAUUGCGCACAGCAGAAGCCAGGACUUGGCAGGGUUUCUUGAGCAAGGUCAUGAUGACAUGGUUGAUUGGGAGAUUACUCGUGCAAUUAAGUUUGAAUGA